GCUUCAUCAAGCCAGAGAGGCGUGUCUCCUUCGAGCAACCCCUACCUUUGAGCCAUUCCAACAACAAUUUCGUCCAAUAUGAAGAUUUCUCAUAUAUUUUUCCUUAGCUCAGUCGCUAUCCCGGGGCUAGCUUUAGUUCUCGGGACAAAGGCACCAGAACCAAGGAGCUUAGGCACUGAUUUGAAAUCUACGUUUGCCACACGAAACCUGGAAGCCCCAGAUAGAGCACUACAGAAGCGUUCGAGUAUUCAAUACGAUAAAUAUCUACCAGAGCUCCCAGCUGAGUGGCCUAACAUAACUGCUGUAGCGGAGUGGAGGAGCAGCAGUAAAAGCAGGGACUUGGCAAUUCGGCCCCGCGGCGAUGUGGCAACCCGAGACGACCCGGGUGAUUUCGCAAGAUAUCUUUUUAUGGGGCUGAAGAUCUACGCCGUCGCCAACGCCCCAGUGACCUGGUUCGGCCUAAUCUCGUCUUGCCAGCAAUUUACUCAACAAACUGGGAAUGGCUUCCAAUGCGUUUUUGGCGCUAUUGCUCAAGUUAUCGCGGUUGCGACCCUUGCUUAUCAGGGAGCCAUAUGGCGCGGCCAGCUUGCGACCGCGCUGAGAAACAACGGCUGGCACGUCCCGGGAAUCAAUAAGCGGGAUGAGUGGGCUAGUAUUAUGGCUCGUGACUUGUCGGAUGGACUCAACACCGAGGUUCGGCAUCUCGGGACGUGGGAUGGGAUCGAGACUCAUCAGAAGCGAGACUCUGGGCCUGCUGUGCCCCGGGAGGUGUUUGGAGUCAAGAGCGGUGGCCAAGAUUUCCACUUCACGUAUAUGGGACGUGAUGCUGAGGGCAAGGAUUCCUUUAAGCUCGGCCUUGGUGAUGGCGGCUUCCCGCCAAAUAACAAAGAGCGCCGACAGAGUCAAGUCACCGACAACAACUUCUACUUCAGUACGGGUGGCAUUGAUUUCGCGGCCCAAUCCGUGGAGAGCUCGACGUCCACCGAAUGGUCCUGGGGGUCGACCUCCGACGCCAUUGAGUUUGGCGACAUUUACAAGUCGGUCAAUUGCUACCUCGGUCUUUUCAACUUUGCGUUCGAUUUCGAGAACGCAAUUGCUUUCCAGGUUUACGACUCCCAUCAAGACUAUACUCUGUCCGCGGGUAUCAUGUCCCCUUUCUCUGCUAGCCAGGAAUCUGCCAUCCGGUCCAUGUCAAUCCAAGGUGGAAUUGGUACUAACUCAUGUGGGGCCUUCUGAUUAAAACGCCAGGUUCAAUAAUAUCAGGUCUAAAUCAAGGGCCUAUCAGGAAAGGUGUUACGAAUCAUGUGACUGUGAGACCUUAGGCUCAGUUCCUGCUUUCAGGGACAGUAGAACUCACUGGAGG